UCCUCCCUCCUCCCCUCCCCUCCCCUGCACCCUCCCAGCCAGCUCAGGUUGCAGCCGCUCGGGGAGCCGCUCACCUUUCGGGAGCAGGGCCGGCACCUCGGAGCCGGGGCAGGGACCCCGACCGGGCGCGGGGCGCGGGGCGCGGCGCCCACCCCGGGGCCCGGGACGCGCGGUGAGUCCCGCCGGCCGGGCCGGGGCCGAUCAUGAAUAAGAUGAAGAACUUCAAGCGCCGCUUCUCCCUGUCCGUGCCCCGCACCGAGACCAUCGAGGAGUCCCUGACGGAGUUCGCAGAGCAGUUCAGCCAGCUGCACAGCCGGGACCAGGAGGAUCUGCAGCUCGGUCCUCUUGGCAGAGACGCCCCGCCAGAGCCCAGCACCCUCUCCCCCACAGACGGCCUGGAGGAGCCCAGGCCGCCGUCCCCCGGCAGGCAGUACCGGCGGCCGAGCCAGCGCCGCUUCUCCAUGGAGGACAUCAGCAAGAGGCUCUCCCUGCCCGUGGACAUCCGCCUGCCCCAGGAAUUCCUGCAGAAGCUGCAGCUGGAGAGCCCAGAGAUGCCCAAACCGCUGAGCCGCAUGUCCCGCCGAGCGUCCCUGUCAGACAUCGGCUUUGGGAAACUGGAAACGUACGUGAAACUGGACAAACUGGGGGAGGGCACCUACGCCACCGUCUUCAAAGGGCGCAGCAAGCUGACGGAGAACCUCGUGGCCCUGAAGGAGAUCCGGCUGGAGCACGAGGAGGGCGCGCCCUGCACCGCCAUCCGAGAGGUGUCUCUGCUGAAGAACCUGAAGCACGCCAACAUCGUCACCCUGCACGACCUCAUCCACACGGAGCGGUCCCUCACGCUGGUGUUCGAGUACCUGGACAGUGACCUGAAGCAGUACCUAGACCACUGUGGGAACCUCAUGAGCAUGCACAACGUCAAGAUCUUCAUGUUCCAGCUGCUCCGGGGCCUCGCCUACUGCCACCGCCGCAAGAUCCUGCACCGGGACCUGAAGCCCCAGAACCUGCUCAUCAACGGGCGGGGGGAGCUGAAGCUGGCGGACUUCGGCCUGGCCCGGGCCAAGUCCGUGCCCACGAAGACCUACUCCAACGAGGUGGUGACGCUGUGGUACAGGCCCCCCGACGUGCUGCUGGGCUCCACGGAGUACUCCACCCCCAUCGACAUGUGGGGCGUGGGCUGCAUUCACUACGAGAUGGCCACGGGGCGGCCCCUCUUCCCCGGCUCCACAGUGAAGGAGGAGCUGCACCUCAUCUUCCGACUCCUCGGGACCCCCACAGAAGAGACGUGGCCGGGAGUGGUGGACCAGCCUGAGUUCCGUGCCUACAACUUCCCCCGGUACCUCCCCCAGCCGCUCAUCAGCCACGUUCCCAGGUUGGACUCCGAAGGCAUCCACCUCCUCACCAGCCUCCUCUUGUACGAGUCGAAGAGCCGCCUAUCCGCAGAGGCAGCCCUGAGCCACCCCUACUUCCGGUCUCUGGGGGAGCGCGUGCACCAGCUCCCAGACACCGCCUCCAUCUUCUCCCUGAAGGAGAUCCAGCUCCAGAAGGACCCAGGCUGCCGGGGCCUGGCCUUCCAGCAGCCAGGGCGAGGGAAGGGCCGGCGACAGAGCAUCUUCUGAGCUGCGGCCGGAGGGAGAGGGCGCCGGAGCAGCUGCGGGCCAGUGGCUCAGGCGGCCCCAGGAGGACGGAGGACGGAGGAUUGAGGGGGCGGCCGGCCCGGAAGACCUUUGGCAGCCCUGGGUCCUGACCCGCUCCCCACGUCUCCCCCGUGGCCGCGGCCCAGACACCAACCCCUCCAUCAGCUGCCCGGGGAGGAGGGGAGAGGCGCGGGAGGACCUCGGAGGCUUUUCCGUCCCAAAGCCCAGAGCCCACGCGGACAGGAGGACCCCGCGGCCGGGUGGAGCCUGUGCCCCGGACACGCCUCCCCCCGGCCGGCCUGUCUCACCCGUUGGUAGAUCCCCCUUAUGGGCCCCUCGUUCCCCUUCUCCCCCUCUGAGAGCAGGAAGCGACGUGGCACCUUUUCCGGGACCUUUGUGAACCAAAGCCCCUGAGGAGCAGGUGCCCCCUCCCCCCAGAACAAGAGGGGAAAUAGCAGGCCUUACCCCACUCCAUUACCCCCCCCCCCCGUUCCCAUUCCCCCUCCUCGCUAGAGGCCCCGUAUGCUGCUGGCUGCCCGCUGAGUCCGGAGGCCUGGCACUGCCCCUGGCACUCCUGCGCCUCCGCCCGCCCGGCUCCCUAGUCUGAGGGGCUGAUUGCCUUAAGCUGGUGGGCGGGGAGCACACACUGCCCUUGAGCUCCGACCCGCGCUCUGACCUGCCCGGCCUUUCCCGGGAGCCGCUCCUGCUGGUCACCCCCGCGUGCUGAUAAGCCAGCCCGGGGCCAGGGCCCUGGGACAGCGCCGAGAUAGGCAGGGUCACCCCGGCGCCGGUGCCAGGCUGGCCUUGGCUCCGUGGGCCUGGCACAGCCUCCCCAACCCCCCCCGUGGCCCUGUCCUUGCUCCGCCCGGUCCUGGCACCAGCCACCCCGAAGGGUGGUCAUGAGAAGGACAGUCUGAGGCAGAGGAUGGCGGGGCAGGCAGCACAGGGGGUGGCGGUGUGAGGGGCCUGGGCCCCAGGAGAAGGCCCUCUCCAGCCCCCCUCCCCCCAGAGUGUGCCCGCUGUGUCCCUGAGGGCACCUCCAUGCGUGGCUGAACCUUGAAUGCCAAGGCUAAGGGGAGGCUGGCCAGGCCUUGCUCUACCAGCCCCUGCCCCGCCCCGCCCCAGCCUGAGGGGCUGCCCUGGAGGGUCUCCGCCUCCCCUCCCCCACGGUACUGUGAACUGUGAACGGCCUGGGACUCAGCACAGAGACAGACGCCAUAUUUAAUUCAUGCGCAGAGAGGAGCCGCAGACUUGCAGAAAAGCUGAGUUGGACAGAUGGAUGCCAAAGACGGAGGCCUCCUGGGCCUCGGGAGUGGGUGUAUGUGUGAGUGUGUGUGUGUGCUUGUGCAUAAAGUGGAGAGAGCGUU